UAUUCUAGGAACGAUUCGCGUCGCCAGUUCACCGUAAACACUCUGUCACAGGUCCACCAGGACGCUUCUAGAGACCGUGGCUGUCACGUCGCCGACCGCAGCCCCCUCGAAACGCCAUGUCAUCAUUCUCAGCAGCAACCUCGACGAGGAAGACCGCGGGGGACAUCAUCGCCUCUGCAUCGCGGCCCGGUAGGUCGGCGCACGGGGGGUCACAAGAGGAGCAGAACCGCAAUGACUACCGCAAGAAACUGUGGUGCGAGACGCAGUGGACGAACCUGAGCAUGCAGGCCAAGAAGACCCACGAUCUGCCCACGCUGCCCUACUUUGAUCCCGAGACCAUGCUGUUGAGCAAGGAGGUCAAUGCGCGCCUCUGGGGCCAGCUGAGUCGAUUAUGGGACUACCUGGGCCCCGAGCGCGCUCCGUACGCCACGCCCAUCAUGAUCGAAGGCGGGGAGGUCAGGUGGCAUUCGUUCCUGAGCGGCAGCCAAGGCGACGAGGCCGAGAUCUACGACAAGGACCUCGACGCGUUUAUGAGUCGCAGCCGCAAACCGGGCGAGUAUGAUGGAUGAUGAUAGGUGAUGAUGAUUCACACCCCCGGACGACGGGGUUGGUUUGUGGGCAGUAUCGCGGGUCAGAGAUUUCGGAGGUUCAGGUUCGUUGGAAUUUCGGAGAUUUAGGAAAUCAAAAAGUCUCGGGAAGAAUCGAGGGCGCGUUUCUAUCGGAUGCAUCUUUCCAAACGCUUUGUCUCCCUGUGGAGGCCGAUGGUGAUGCCGAGAAUGAUGGAUGUAUAUCAAUGCUCUAGACAAGGCAGCACACCGCAACACAAACGACGGAAAAUCCCCCUCUGCGCGAUUGGCAAAAGGUCUUGUCGCUUUCCUUCCCCUCGCUAUCGCACAAGUUCUGCUCGGUGUAUCUACCUCGUUCCAGCGUGACCGUGGCACCUGCACCAGCACCGCAUGUGUGGGACAAAUGUACCGAAUGCGGCACUCAGGGCACAUACAACAGCCAAACCCUCUGGCAAUUGCCAGACGACCGAAAACCCCAAGACACGUUCAGAGUGCCAAUUUGUUUGGAUUUACCCAGCACAGAUCAUGACGAAGAGGUCCUCUCUCUCUGUGGUCUCAGGGGAGCGACGGGACGGGACUGUGCGGCCUCCCUCGAAAGGUUCGUCGGUGAUGUUGGGACGCGGAUGAAGUCUUGAGAGUGAGGACAGAGCAGCGCUGACAGGAGAGACGAUACAAUGUAUCUUGAUACGUCCUGGGCAACCACAUUCCUGGGUGUUGAGAGUCCAUCGCCUUGACUUCUGGACUGGAUCCGAGCGUACGGAAUUCCUGCAGAGACCUUUCCGCUGUUUGCGCACUCUCUGCGUGCUCAAACCGAUCUCAGACAGUUCGGGGAACUCUGUGCACGUGGAGGGACUCUAUUUGCUGCGAUAUGCUCUGUAAUACCUAGUGGCCGGUGUGGCUGCAAGUAUUGCUGUAGGUUCGGCUGAUGGAAAUUGCCCCUAACUGAUAAGACGACUACAGCACGCAGCAGCAAAUCAAGUUACUGCCAAAUGAUUACAUCGAGCGCUUGCUAAGACAUGCAUCCAUAUCCCA